AGAGGAUGAACUUCUGGUGGGAGGCGUCAUGACUCAGGCGUCUAUCACAAAGACACGAGAGCACCUAGAAUAAUUGCUGAAAGGGAGUUAUUCUCUAUCAAUAUUGAUGAUUCACUUCAAAAAUAAUUAAAAAUAAAAUGAAAAGUGAUGAAUCUCAAAACAUUGAUCUUCCCUUUGGAUUCCAAAAUUGCCACUUAAGCAUGCUUAAUCCCUAACGCAAAGCAAUCGCAAUCUCCCCAAUUUCCUUUUCCCUCUCUAAAUCCCCAAAACCCAGAAACUUUUGGUGCAACUCAAACAAUUUAUCUGAAUAAGAAAGAAAAAUGGUGAGAGGAACUAACAGUAAGAAGCGCAGCAAAGCAGGUUCCUUUUUUAUGGCUACUUUAGUGAUGUGGGGAGUGUCGGUGGGAUACGAAAUUUGUAUGAAUAACAGAAAUGAGCUUCUUCCUGUUGUUUUUGGGUGUUUAUUCUUCCAAAUUUCCAAUUGGGUGCUUCGAUUUUCUGUUUCUAAAGAACCCCUUUUUGUCAAUACUUCUGUCUCUCUUCUCCACUCUUCGCUUACUUCUGCUUCUGUGGUGUUCAUUCUGCUCAACCAAUGGAGUACCACACGUUCUCUUCAAAUAUUUGACCAUGAACAACUUGUCCGUAGUACUUGGCCAUGGGCAUAUACAACUCUAUGUUUCUCUUGCGGUUAUUUUGCUUAUGAUCAAUUGGAUAUGUUGAAGUAUGGACUAUAUACCGGUUGGUUCCCGUCUAUCCUGGCACAUCACCUGAUUCUUCUUAUUUGCUUCACACUCGCCCUGUAUCGUAACGUCACCAUCAACUACCUCAUUCUAACCCUAAUAUGUGAGUUACAUUCGGUGUUUCUACACGUGAGGAAAGUAAGAAGGAUGGCUGGGAUACGGAGCGCAGAGAGCGCAAUAGUGAAGGCGGAAUGGGUUCUAAAUUGGUUCACCUUCAUUUUCGCUCGACUAUUGCCCCACAUACUUAUAUUGAUCAAACUUUUGAAAGAUGCACCCAAGUUUGAGGAGGGUGUAGAGCUCCCACUUGCUUUAUUCGGAAUGAUCGGAAUGAAUUUGCUAAACAUUGGUCUUGGCAUCGACAUUUUGGGUGCUUAUAAGAAGGAAAAGAGCCCUCCGCAAAACAAUCAUAUUGAAUGAAAUGCGCAUCACAAAUUUAUCCCUAUUGAACUGGUCAAUGUACACAGUUAGUCUAUUAAAAUAAUCACUUAUAAUUUUAGAGUGAUCAAUUAGAAAAAUAGGCUAAUUAUACGAGAUGAACUAGUGCAAGAGAUAGUUUGGGAUAUGGAGUAUUGUUUCUUGCUGAAUAGAAUUUGUAUUAUAGAAGGGAAACACUAGAUUAUAGUGAAGGUUUGGAUAAUUUUGUAUAUUGUAUUUAAGCCACUUGUUCAUUCGUUAUUGUAUUUAAGCCAGGAUGGAAUUGUUUUUUUUAUAAUCAAUUAGUGUGAAGGUUUGGAUAAUUUUGUAUAUUGAAAUUUGAAAAUUAUAAUGUAAAAACUAAAGCUUUUUGUAUGGAAAAUAGAAGAUUACAUGAGAUUUAAAUAUUACAUUA